CACCGGCACGUCGACCUCGACGGGGUCAACGUCGACGUGGUCCACGGCCACGGCGUCGGGCACGACCACAUCCACCGCCACGUCCGCCACCGCCACGUCCGCCACCGCCACGUCCGCCACUGGCAACUCCACCACCCACACCGUCACGCUGGUCACUGGCACCACUGCGACCCAGACCACCACGACCAGGACCAGCGCGACAAUGACCAGCACGGCGACCACGACCGCGACGAAAGGGACCACGCAGACCGGGACGUCCACGGGGACCAGCGGCACGGACACCAGGUCAACGACCAGCGCGAGCACUGUCACGCUGAGCUCGACCACACCCACCAGCUCCGCCUCGCUGACCGAGACCACCCUCAGCUCCACCACGCUGACCGACGGCCCCAACCACACGGAGACCAACACGUCGUCGUCGAGCUCGACGUCGGCGACGCGGACGGCCACGAGCUCCACCGCCACGUUGGUCAGUACGACCGUGACCAGCCAGACCGCCACCACGACCACGGCUUCCUCGGCCACGUCUCUGACAGAGA